AUGGAUCGGCAGGCUCAUGACUAUGCAGCUGCUAUGGCAUUUUCCCAACAACAGCAACAAGCUGCUAAUAUCCAACAGCAGCAACAAUUUGGUUUUCAUCCACCACAACGGCAAUUCCCUCCAUCAGUUCCUGGUCCUUUUCUACCCCCACAUCCCUCUCUACAGCAGUUCCCAUUCCAUCGUUCGAUGCAGCAGCCACAACUCCAUCCACUUCCUCCUCCCCAUCCCCACCUUCUUCAUCUCCAGCAGCAACAGCAGCCUCCGCCUGCUUUUCCUCCUCAUUUACCCCCUCACGCUGUUCCUCCACCUUUCCAUGGCCCGUAUGAUUCCACGCCGCCCCCUGCUGCUCCUCCCCAUGAUCCUGAACUUCAAAAGCGUAUUGAUAAACUUGCUGAGUAUGUUGCCAAGAAUGGCCCUGAAUUUGAAGCCAUGGUACGUGAAAAAGAGCAAGACAAUCCUGGGUAUGGUUUCCUCUUUGGUGGUGACGGGCAUAAUUACUACCGCUACAAGCUUUGGUUAUGUACACGCGCCCCUGGUGGCUCCUUCAAUCCUGCUUUCCCCUCCUCUUCAAUACCUUUGAUGCAUCAUCCUCCCAAUCCUAUGAUAAAUCCAUCACCUCUAAAUGCUUCUCAGUUGAGUUCCUCUGCUGCUGCUGUGAUGGGUUCACCUCAAAUGCAAACUCCUUUUCCAUCGUUCUAUGAGCCACAACCCCAUCUGCAUUCUCAGCCUUUUGCUAGUCAUGGUCGACCAGACUUUGACCAGUCAACCAGGUCUUUCAAAGGUCUGUCUAGGCCACUGCCUUCUGAUGUUGCGAUGGAGCUAAAUGAUGUGCUCAACAAUCUUACUGGUACCAAAGAGUCAAUCAAAGGUGCCAAAAUUUGGUUCAUGCAGAGGUCCCCAUUUGCACCAGCUCUGGCUGAGGAGCUCAGAGACAGGUUUCCAUUCCAUCGUUCGAUGCAGCAGCCACAACUCCAUCCACUUCCUCCUCCCCAUCCCCACCUUCUUCAUCUCCAGCAGCAACGGCGGCCUCCGCCUGCUUUUCCUCCUCAUUUACCCCCUCACGCUGUUCCUCCACCUUUCCAUGGCCCGUAUGAUUCCACACCGCCCCUUGCUCCUCCUCCCCAUGAUCCUGAACUUCAAAAGCAUAUUGAUAAACUUGCUGAGUAUGUUGCCAAGAAUGGCCCUGAAUUUGAAGCCAUGGUCCGUGAAAAAGAGCAAGACAAUCCUGGGUACGGUUUCCUCUUUGGUGGUAAGGGGCAUAAUUACUACCGAUACAAGCUUUGGUUAUGUACACGCGCCCCUGGUGGCUCCUUCAAUCGUGCUUUCCCCUCCUCUUCAAUACCUUUGAUGCAUCAUCCUCUCAAUCCUAUGAUAAAUCCAUCACCUCUAAAUGCUUCUCAGUUGAGUUCCUCUGCUGCUGCUAUGAUGGGUUCACCUCAAAUGCAAACUCCUUUUCCACUGUUCUAUGAGCCACAACCCCAUCUGCAUUCUCAGCCUUUUGCCAGUAAUGGUCGACCAGACUUUGACCAGUCAACCAGGUCUUUCAAAGGUCUGUCUAGGCCACUGCCUUCUGAUGUUGUGAUGGAAAUGAUGUGCUUAACAAUCUUACUGGUACCAGAGUCAAUCAAAGGUGCCAAAAUUUGGUUCAUGCAGAGGUCCCCAUUUGCACCAGCUCUGGCUGAGGAGCUCAGAGACAGGGUGUUUGCUCUGGAUGAUUCUGAGAGACAAUUGCAUAUAAUUUACCUGGCCAAUGACAUUCUAUUUGACAGCUAAUUUUAUAGUGCUCGCCAUAUCUAGAGGAGACAUGAAUUAAAGUGAUGGAGCAACCCUAAUAUUAGCUGAUAGAAUGCGAUUAUUUUAUGCUACCUUCAACAUUUUCUCCACUUUCCUUCUCUUUUAUUAUCUUUCUGCAUUUAUCAAUGACUUGAUAGCAUCUCUAUCUAUCUCUCCCCCCCAACCCAAAACCCCAC